GCAUGCGAAAGAUGUAGUAAGCAGGCGUAGCUAGCUAGCUUCGUUAGUUCAGCCACAGAGAGAGUACAUCGUAAGUGUUCAUAUAGAUCAGCUGGCAGAGAACAACAUGGCCGGCAGAGUGAUCGCACAAGGAUAUAGGGUGGUGGAUGAGGAGCGCCACGCUGUAAACUAUAGGUCGAGUGUGUGGGGUGACUACUUCAUUAGGAACCCAAUACUGCCUCAUAACUAUCGGAAAUCACUGGAGUGGAUGACGGAAAGAUGUGAUGACCUAAUAGUUGAAACAAGGGAAAUGUUUGUAGACAUCCUCAAUCCAUUUGCAAAAAUGAAGCUUAUCGAUGCACUUCAACGUCUUGGAGUAUCUUAUCAUUUUAAAGAAGAAAUAGAUAACUCCCUAGAAAGUCUAGUUUCUGUGAAGUUUGCGAAUGAUGAUUUCCAUGCGAUCUCCCUUCAAUUCCGGUUGCUAAGACAGCAGCGGCGCUACAUGCCAUGCGAUGCAUUUAAAGAAUUCAUUGAUAAACAAGGAAACUUAAACGGAACCCUAUGUAGUGAUACAAGAGCAUUACUUGCUCUAUAUGAGGCAGCACAUCUUGGAACUCCUAAUGAAGAAAUUCUCCGAGAAGCACAGGUUGAAACAACAAAUCAAUUGAAAAGAAUUGUGGAUUGUAUUGAGAAACCACUCUCUAAUAAAGUGAGACAUGCUCUUGAGACACCAUCUUUCCGUAGGAUGAAGAGGUUAGAGGCCAGACUUUACAUACCAUUGUAUGAAGAAGAUAAGGAGGAGUGCAACGAGAUGAUACUUGAGCUAGCAAAACUUGACUUUUAUUUAUUGCAGCGACUUCACCGGGAAGAAGUCAAAGAAAUAUGCGAGUGGUAUCAUGGGCUAGAGUCCCCACGUGAACUAUUCUAUGCAAGGCAUAGGCCUGCAGAAGCAUAUUUUUGGGCGUUGGGUGUGUAUUAUGAACCAGAAUAUGCAAAGCCUAGGAAGUUGCUAGCGAAAUUCAUAGCAACUAUUACACCAUAUGAUGAUACUUUUGACAAUUAUGGACUCUGGAAAGAGCUUCAACCAUUUGCUGACGUGAUGCAACGGUGGGAUGAAAAGGGUGCUGAGCAACUUGGAAGAUGUUACAAGGAAUAUGCUCAAUUUAUGUUUGGCACCAUGAAUGAGAUUGAGGGUGCACUCCCAAAAGGAACACCAAGGAAGAAUGUUAAUGUUAUCAAAGAUAUAAUCACUGAAGUAUGCAAAGGCUAUGUAACAGAAAUCGAUUGGAGAGAUAGUAAAUACAUUCCCCCAUUAAAGGAGCAUUUGCAAAUCACACUAGUUACGUGCUUCUAUUGGGCAAUAAACUGCACUGCUUUUGUUGUUUUUCAAGAAGGUGUUACAGAGGAGGUUAUGAUAUGGAUGUCAGGAUUUCCUCAAAUUGUCAAGGAUUCAUGUAUUGUUUCUCGACUAAUGGAUGACAUUGUUGCUCAUGCGUUUGAGACCGAAAGGAACAAUGUUGCUACCGCUGUAACUUGCUAUAUGAAAGAGUAUGACAGCACAAAGGAGGAGGCCAUUAAAGCACUGUGGAAUGAUGUGGAAAAUGCAUGGAAAGAUAUGAACGAGGAGUACCUAAAAUUGACCUCAAUUCCGUCUUCCUUGCUUAUCCAGGUUAUUAACCUUGCACGCAUGAUGGAAACAAUGUACAAGAAAAUUGAUGGAUAUACUGAUUCUGCAAUACUGAAAGAAUGGAUAUCCUUGUUGCUUGUUCAGCCAAUAACACUCUAGGUUUCCAUCAUAUGACUUCGCUUUAAUUUGAUUUUGAUCAGAGUGUCUCUAUUAUGAAUAAUCGUGUAUCCAAGCUUGCUUCGGAUGAUCCUAUGUAAGCAGCUCAUUGCUGCUUUAUUGUCAUUUUCCUUGUAGUGAUGUUUGUAUUUCUUCAUUUCAAUCUCGACAUUGCUGCCUUAUGCAGAGGAGUGUUUGUAGCAUGAAUUGCUAAAAAUAAUAUUUGGCAUUUGAUGUGAUCUUAUUUAUUGCUA